AUGAGAGGAGGCGCAUACUUUGCAGCCAGCAACGGCACCGAGAUCUACUACAGCUCCGAGGGCGCCGGGGGAAUCCCGAUGCUCCUCAUCCACGGCUGGACCUGCGACCAAAAUGACUGGUCCUUCCAGAUCCCCUUCCUCCUUUCCCUGGGCUUUUGGGUUAUCGCCAUGGACCUCCGCGGCCACGGCCACAGCCUAACCACCGCCAACCUCACCCAAUUCGACCCGAUAAGCAUGGCCAACGACGCCGUCGCCCUGCUCAACCACCUCGGAGUGGACGGGAACAACAGCACCAACAAAGCCAUCGUCGCCGGCCACAGCCUGGGCGGCGUCCUCGUCAACGAGCUCGCCCUCCGCCACCCGCACCUGAUCCGCGGCAUCGUCAGCGUCGAUUCGGCCGCCUACAUGACGCCCGAUACCAUGCAACAGAUAACACAGGCGUUGCGGGCGGCGGGGCCGGGCGGUGCCGCCGUGGCAGCGACGGACCUUUGGGACGCCGGCGGGCUCCUGCCCAAAGAUGCGCCGGUCUGGGUGCGGCCGUGGCAACAGCGGCGGGCGUGGGCCGUCGAGGGCCGCGUCGUGACGGACACGUUUGCGCAACUGGCCGAGCAUCUGGGGCCGGGCGGCGUCGAGUAUCUGCGGCGGACGCGUGGGACGGAGGGAAGAACCAUUCCUAGACUUGUGACGUGUGCUGUCGACGGCAGUGCGGAAAUCGAAAGGGAGGCUGGGUUGGAUGCUCGCCUUGACCGGGUCGAGGUGGUCCCGGGGGGUCAUUUCCACCAUGUGCUUUCGCCGGACAGGUUUAAUGCUUUGCUGAAGGAGUGGUUUACCGAGAGGGAAUGGAUCAAAUAG